AAUCCGGGCAGACAAAGCCAGCAUCUCCCGGACAAGACGCCUGAUGAUCCAGUAGUCAGGCUGCAGUGUGGAGAGCUGUGGUGACGCUGCUGCCAGUGCGGUCCCGCUAGAUAGCGGCCUCCUGUACAGGGACUGUAGGGAGGGUAUGGCGGUGUAGUGGUGGUCCUCCUGUACAGGGGCUGUAGGGAGGGUAUGGCGGUGUAGUGGUGGUCCUCCUGUACAGGGGCUGUAGGGAGGGUAUGGCGUGGUGGUCCUCCUGUACAAGGGCUGUAGGGAGGGUAUGGCUGUGUAGUGGUGGUCCUCCUGUACAGGGGCUGUAGGGAGGGUAUGGCUGUGUAGUGGUGGUCCUCCUGUACAGGGGCUGUAGGGAGGGUAUGGCUGUGUAGUGGUGGUCCUCCUGUACAGGGGCUGUAGGGAGGGUAUGGCGGUGUCGUGGUGGUCCUCCUGUACAGGGGCUGUAGGGAGGGUAUGGCGGUGUCGUGGUGGUCCUCCUGUACAGGGGCUGUAGGGAGGGUAUGGCGGUGUCGUGGUGGUCCUCCUGUACAGGGGCUGUAGGGAGGGUAUGGCGGUGUCGUGGUGGUCCUCCUGUACAGGGGCUGUAGGGAGGGUAUGGCGGUGUCGUGGUGGUCCUCCUGUACAGGGGCUGUAGGGAGGGUAUGGCGGUGUAGUGGUGGUCCUCCUGUACAGGGGCUGUAGGGAGGGUAUGGCGGUGUAGUGGUGGUCCUCCUGUACAGGGGCUGUACUGAGUGGAUAGAGAAGGUCUAUGGAUUGAGUAGAUAUUGGGGUGGUCCUUAGCAUGUCCUGUGUAUAUAUGAUCCAGUGUGAUAUAUACAUGUAAUUAUUUCUCUGAUGUGUUUAACCCCUGCAGCUGAUAGUUACUACCCCCUUCCCCAUCCCUUCCAAUAAAACUUUGCUUUUGUUCAUGUUAGCAAGAGUUUAUUUCUCGGCUGCCGCCUGGAGCGCUGUGUGACAGUAUGACCCCACUACGUCUCUGAUAUUGCACUUCUCUGGACAUAUAAAGGUGACCGUGUAAUACUAUUAAAGUCUGAGCUAGAUACUCAUAGACUGCAGGACUGCAGAUGGAGCAGUACACAACAAGCAGCAAUGGCUCUCCAGAACAGAUUGUGGUCCAGGCGGGGCAGAUCCAGCAGCAGGUACAAGGCCAGCCGCUAAUGGUACAAGUCAGUGGCGGUCAACUGAUUACUUCUACUGGACAACCAAUUAUGGUUCAGGCAAUGGGUGGACAAGGUCAAACUCUUAUGCAAGUACCUGUAUCUGGAUCCCAAGGUCUUCAGCAGAUCCAGUUGGUGCAGCCAGGGCAGAUUCAGAUCCAAGGAGGACAGGCUGUCCAGCUUCAAACGCAGCAGGGCCAGCCACAGCAAAUAAUCAUUCAGCAGCCACAGACUGCGGUCACAGCAGGGCAGAGUCAGAGUCAACAGCAGAUAGCUGUUCAGGGUCAGCAGGUUGCACAGACAGCCGAAGGACAAACCAUCGUUUACCAGCCAGUGAAUGCUGAUGGUACAAUUCUACAGCAAGGAAUGAUCACCAUACCAGCUGCCAGCUUGGCAGGAGCCCAGAUUGUACAAGCCGGAGGAAACGCCACUACCGCAAAUAGUAGCCAGGGAACAGUGACUGUUACUUUACCUAUGACGGGAAAUGUGAUGAACUCUGGGGGUAUGGUUAUGAUGGUUCCUGGUGCAAGUUCUGUGCCUGCUCUGCAAAGAAUCCCUCUACCAGGAGCUGAGAUGCUGGAGGAGGAACCAUUAUAUGUUAACGCCAAGCAAUAUCAUCGAAUUCUGAAGAGGCGCCAGGCAAGAGCCAAAUUGGAGGCUGAGGGCAAAAUCCCCAAAGAGAGGAGAAAAUAUUUGCAUGAAUCACGUCAUCGCCAUGCUAUGGCCAGGAAAAGGGGAGAUGGCGGACGUUUCUUCUCCCCAAAAGAAAAAGAGGGUCAUCACUUGCAGGAUUCAUCUCAGGGAAGAGAAGUUUACACACAUGAUGCAGCCAUGCUGGAACAGUGACUUUAUAACUUCCACUCUGUCAGAUUUAUAACCUUCCUCGACCUACAUUUAACCAAAUGGCACUGUGCCCAUAAAGGUAGUCAGUCGCCAGGAAUUUUACUGUCAAAGCAGGCACAAGUCUUGUAGCCCAGCUGAAUGUAAUGAUACUUUUCACAUAGCAAUCUGUUAUCUUUCUGGAGAAAAUACUAUUCAUCUCUAUGUAAAUAAGCAGUAAAGGCUACUUUUACACUUGCGGCAGGGUUGAUC